CAUGGAGAGUUAGAGGUGUUGAUUUAGGAGGAGGAUUUUUAGCUACUGGUAGCGUGUUCGGAUUUGGAAAAUUCUUAACAAUGUCCUUGAGAGGCGAACAUCAAACGGUGCCGUUGUCGGUUUUACUGAAACGAGAAUUGGCAAAUGAAAAGAUCGAAAAGCCGGAGAUUGUACAUGGACAAGCGAGCCAGAGCAAGAAAGGCGAAGACUUUACAUUGCUUAAAACUGAAUGCCAAAGAGCAAUUGGAGAUGGUGUCACCACAUUCUCAGUUUUCGGGCUCUUUGAUGGACACAAUGGGUCUGCUGCUGCUAUUUACACUAAGGAGAAUCUCCUCAAUAAUGUCCUAAAUGCUAUUCCUACUGAUCUUAAUAGAGAUGAAUGGGUUGCUGCACUGCCAAGGGCUCUGGUUGCAGGCUUUGUUAAAACAGAUAAAGAUUUUCAAGAGAGAGCACAAACAUCAGGAACAACUGUAACCUUUGUGAUAAUAGAGGGAUGGGUUAUAACAGUCGCAUCUGUUGGUGAUUCCCGUUGUAUACUUGAAUCAGCGGAAGGUGGAAUAUAUUACUUGUCAGCUGAUCAUAGGCUUGAAUGCAAUGAAGAGGAGAGGGAUCGAAUCACUGCAAGUGGGGGGGAGGUUGGUCGGCUAAAUACUGGUGGUGGUGCAGAGAUUGGUCCUUUGAGAUGUUGGCCUGGAGGCUUGUGUCUCUCACGAUCCAUUGGAGAUAUGGAUGUUGGGGAGUACAUUGUUCCUGUUCCAUAUGUAAAGCAAGUAAAGUUAUCUACAGCUGGUGGUAGGGUCAUUAUCUCAAGUGAUGGUGUUUGGGAUGCUUUAUCUGCUGAAGUAGCUCUUGAUUGUUGUCGCGGAAUGCCAGCAGAUGCUGCAGCUGCACAAAUUGUGAAAGAAGCUUUACAGGCAAAGGGUCUUCGAGAUGAUACAACCUGCAUUGUUGUUGAUAUCUUACCACAAGAGAAGCCAGCUGUUCCUUUGCCACCACCAAAGAGGCCAGGAAAAGGAAUGUUCAAGGCCAUGUUUCGCAAGAAGCCUUCUGAAUCAUCUUCUCAAGUUGAUAAAGAAUACAUGGAGCCAGAUGUGGUGGAGGAAUUAUUUGAGGAGGGAUCUGCUAUGCUUUCAGAAAGGUUGGACACAAAAUACCCGCUGUGCAACAUGUUUAAGCUGUUCAUGUGUGCAGUCUGUCAAUUAGAGAUGAAACCUGGAGAAGGUAUUUCAAUUCAUGCUGGUUCAUCUAAUGCAGUAAAGUUGCGUCCGUGGGAUGGUCCUUUCCUUUGCUCUAGUUGCCAGGAGAAGAAAGAAGCCAUGGAAGGGAAAAGACCAACAGGAGAUAGACAUAGUAGUGAAAGUGACUAGAUAUACCUCUCCAAUUACCGUUGCGUUUUGUGGGUACUAACAAUUGUUUUGGAGGUGGUCAUAUAUGGGGAAGAUGGUGCGCAUUCCCACUAUUGUAACUUCCUUCAAUUCCUUAUUGGGGGGCAUUGAGCAUUCUGGUCCAUUUGCAACUGAGGAUCCAUUUGGAUCUAUAAUCCAAGUCAGAAGAUCGGAGUUGAAAUGUGUGUUUAGGUUUCUGUUUUCUGGCUUCAGGAGUGAGAGAAGACUUAUGUUUGCCUCAACUGAAAAUGGAAAAAGAAAAGAUGAAAAAAAGGAGAAAGAUAGGCGGAAGGGUUUCAUAGUCGCCAGUGCAUAAGUGGCAUGCCUCAGAGGUAAUUCAUUUUUCCAUCUGUGUUCAUCCCUUUGUAUACCAGUCGCUCCAAUUCAUAGAGCUAACACUAAAUGAUAGUGGACUUAGGUGUAAUGUUAUAAUAUAUAGGGAGUUUGAUGAGUACUCUAAUAUACAUUUGUCAGAAACUAGGAAGAAAAAACACUUGCGUGAUCAGCUUGCUGAAUGAAAUUUGUUCCUGUAUCAUUGUUCAUUGAAAUUUGUUCCUUCCUUUGACAAGUCGGAAGGGAAUCCUUUGAAUAGAAAAAUUUGCAAUUCCUUUAUUAUUUCUUAA